AGAUCGUGUCGAGGUUCUUCUUCCCAGUUCAUUUCAAUCCGUAUUCUCCAGACGAAUCUGCGUUGAUCAAAUUCCUCCAAUCCGCCAAAAUGAUUAUCUUUAAGGACGUCUUCAACGGCGACGAGAUCCUUUCGGACUCCUACGACCUUGAGGAGUCUCACGGCGGUCUCUUCUGGGAGGCUAACUGCUCCAUGAUCACCGUGGGCGCCGUUCAAGUCGACACUGGCGCCAAUGCCUCUGCUGAGGAGGCCGAUGAGGAGGCCGAGGACACUGACCGCAAGGUCAUCGACAUUGUCGAGUCUUUCCGCCUCGACGAGACCUUCUACGACAAGAAGAGCCUGAAGACAUACCUCAACGGGUACCUCAAGAGCCUCAAGAAGCAUCUCUCGGAAGCCGGCAAGUCCGACGAGGAGGUCAAGACCUUCCUCAAGUCCGCGCUGGAUUUCUACACGAACAACGUCCUCAACAAGAUGGACGACUGGCAGUUCUUCAAGGGCGAGACUGACUACGAGAGCACGGGAACGCUCGUCCUCCUCAACUACCGCGAGGACGGCGUCACCCCUUACGUCCUUGUCCUCAAGGCCGGCCUCAAGGAGGAGAAGGUUUGAGUGCCCACUUGGCAGAUAGAAAACACACUUGGGAGUUGGAUCAGCAAAAAGCAAAAAAGGAACACUCGUGCUUGUUGUCGUCCGCACUCGCUGUCUCUCAGAUCUAUUGAUAGAAACCCGAAGGACCACUAUUCGAGCGCUAGUUGGCCUUGCGAGCAAACAUGUUUGAGCGAUAUGACAGCAUCGCCAGCUAGAACUCCUCCAUCUUCCCAUGUUCCUCCUCUUCUGCCCCUGGAAUGAAAAUGUCUACUUGUAGCACCCCCAUCGAAGACAAAAC